CGCCGAGUGUCCAAGAUUCUGUUCACCAUGUUGGAUCAACUGUCCAUCUCAGUUGCUGUGCGACCAAUAAUUUAAAUAUGCCUGCGGCACCGCAGGGUCGUGGACCCUAAGUGUAGAGUUUCACUCGGGUGGCUUCCUCUUCCUCAGCAGGGCCCACCUACAUGAACGGAAAAGCAACUGUUUGGAUGAGGAGACACGGGCACCUAGCUAGCUCCGAGCUGUCAGGUUGAAUCCUGUAUUUUUUUUUUUUUUUUUGUAGCACCUGGCAGCAGGAUAAUUUAUCCCACAUUCAAAGGAUUUAAGUUUUCCUCGCAUUGUUAUUUAUUCUCAGUGGAUGUGUGCUUACGAUCACAGAGAACAGAGAGAACGGGGAGUCGUGUGCUAAACACAAGGCUGUCGAUGGGGGAAUUAAGUAGCCUACCAGCCGUCUGUGAGGAUUUCUCUUCUCAUGUUUUGAGUCAUGGUCGAAGCUUCGUCACUCUGUCAGAAUGAUGGGGGUUUCUCUGCAGGCGUGCGGCUCAGUGGAUCGCUGUAGUAAUAUGUGAGUGCGGUGGACGGCCGAGGCCUGGGCCUGCCUGCCUGCCUGUCUGCCUGCCUGCACUGUUGUAUUGUGGCGUGGGCUGGGAUACACCUCCUGUACCGGAUCAGCAGCGUUAAUUACGGCUCGGAGAUUACCCCUGUUCACGGAGUAGCUGUCUGGCCUGCUCACAUCUGAAGGAGGAUUCAGGUGGGAGUAAUAGAUGCGAUUUCCAAUACGUGUGGAACCCCAGAGGUGGGAAGAGCAACGGUGCUGGACCAGGGCGUGUGGCAAACUUGCACACUUUUCAAAGAUGAAUUCUCAGCUUUCCAUGUGACAUGCUGUAGAUCACGCUGUUCUAUCAAGUCGGGGAAACUGAAUUUCAUCAGGAGAGAGGGGGCCCCACCUCUGUCAUGAGGGACAUCUAGGGUGCCGACGUUUUUAUUCAUUGAGGGGGGAGCGGGUUACUUUUUUUUAAAGAAUGGUUAUGAUUUGUCAUUGUAACAGUGGCACUCUUUAAGGGCUGUACAGUUUGUAGACCUGGGCAAUCAUUGCUGUACAUGCUCAUAAUAUGCUUUCCGUCAUUAGCCUCAGGCUACAGUAGUUUGUGUACAAGUAAGACAUAAUUUAGAGGAAGUGGGUUAGAGGCGUUAUGACAAAGGGGCACAUCAGAAUGGUUUCUCUCUUGACAUAUUCAAAAUAGCUGGUGUUGGAUCAUUAAAACCCCAAUCUGUUUUCUGUAUGUUUUAUUAAGUUUCUUUAGCCGUAGCUAGUGUUGCAGUCUGGUAGCCAUUAUCAUCAGUUUCAAAGAAGGUUCUGAAAGCAGGCAUUUCAGCAUUGUUGAAUGGCUCUUUGCGACACAGCUGCUUCAAAUGUUACAAAAAUGAUGGCCGCUUACAACGGUGGCUCCUCAGCAGUGGCUGCCCAUCAUCCGCAUCACCACCACCAGCUCCAGCACCUUCCGCCUGCCCACAUGCACCACCACCACCACCACGCGGGCCAGCAUCACUUGCAGCACCCAGGCUCUGCCGCCGCUGUGCACACGGUCCAGCAACACACCUCCACAGCUGCCGCUGCGGCGGUGAUGCUGAACCCCGGCCAGCAGCAACCAUACUUCCCCUCUCCUGCCCCUGCACAAGCUCCUGGGCCGGCGGCGGCGGUGGCUCCCGCCCAGGUUCAAGCCGCCGCUGUCAAAGCUCACCACCAUCAUCACCACCAUCAGCAGCAACACACGCACCACCUCCAACAGCAGCUGGAUAUAGAGCCUGACAGGCCCAUUGGCUAUGGAGCGUUUGGGGUUGUCUGGUCAGUGACAGACCCCAGAGAUGGAAAGCGAGUUGCUUUGAAAAAGAUGCCCAAUGUCUUCCAAAACCUUGUUUCUUGCAAGAGGGUAUUUCGGGAGCUGAAGAUGCUGUGCUUCUUCAAACAUGAAAAUGUGCUCUCUGCUCUGGACAUACUACAACCUCCACACAUUGACUACUUUGAAGAAAUCUAUGUGGUGACUGAACUGAUGCAAAGUGACCUCCAUAAGAUCAUCGUAUCACCACAGCCUCUGAGCUCAGACCACGCCAAAGUUUUUCUUUAUCAGAUUCUAAGAGGACUUAAAUACCUUCACUCUGCUGGAAUUCUGCACCGAGACAUCAAACCUGGCAACCUCCUGGUCAACAGCAACUGUGUGCUCAAGAUCUGUGAUUUUGGCCUGGCCCGUGUAGAGGAGUCAGAUGAGUCACGGCACAUGACUCAGGAAGUGGUGACACAGUACUAUCGAGCACCAGAAAUCCUCAUGGGUAGUCGCCAUUAUUCCAACUCCAUUGAUAUCUGGUCUGUGGGUUGCAUCUUUGCUGAGCUGCUGGGGCGACGCAUCCUCUUCCAAGCCCAAAGUCCCAUUCAGCAGCUGGAUUUAAUCACAGACCUGUUGGGGACUCCCACUAUGGAAGCCAUGAGGACAGCAUGUGAAGGUGCUCGUGCACACAUUCUUAGAGGACCUCACAAACAGCCAUCCCUUCCUGUUCUGUACACACUGUCUAGCCAAGCAACCCAUGAAGCAGUGCAUCUUCUCUGCAGGAUGCUAGUGUUUGAUCCGUCAAAGAGGAUUUCAGCAAAGGAUGCCCUGGCUCACCCUUACCUGGAUGAGGGUCGACUCCGGUACCACACAUGCAUGUGCAAAUGCUGCUUCACCACAUCUUCUGGCCGUGUUUACACCAGCGACUUUGAGCCCAUCACUAACCCCAAAUUUGAUGAUGGCUUUGAGAAGAACCUCAGCUCUGUGAGACAAGUCAAAGAGAUCAUCCAUCAGUUCAUUUUGGAACAGCAAAAAGCGAGUCGAGUACCACUCUGCAUUAACCCUCAAUCAGCUGCUUUUAAAAGCUUCAUCAGUUCCACAGUGGCUCAGCCCUCUGAAAUGCCUCCGUCUCCGCUGGUGUGGGAAUAGCUGCUGCUGUGUGUGUCAUCAUCUUUCCCAACUGACAAGCUGCUAAACUGGGAACAAGAAACGUCUCAACAUCUUCUAUCAUCUGCGUAGCAUUUCACUGGAGAGCAGGACUCACAGGUCUGCUGUGUUUAUGCUGAAAUAUGGAACAAAUGAAGAGAGAUCUACUGAUAGUUGCUUUAUCGGGAGUAUUCGAGGGUUUGGUAUGCAAAAGAGUGAGACACUCUUUGGUCUGUAGACCAAAUGUGAAUGUUUUAAACAAACCCGUCUGAUUACUUACAGGUAGAUAAGAUUUAACAAAUAUACAAUGAAGUACGUUUGUUUUGCUUUAUACAUUGGUACAAAUUCUUAAAAGAGGAUAUGUAUUCCAAUCACAAACUGAUCAAUUCCCCAUACAAUUGGACUCCUCUAUGUUAUUUUGCCCACAUUCACCUCUGCAGUGGUUAAUUAACUUUGCUUCUUAUUCAGACAAUCUCUUAUAACUGUGUUGGUAUUCCCCAUGUUUAUUAAGAACAUGACUUCUGGCACAUUAAUAUUUUAAUGCUUUGAAAAGAAGUUAUUAAAAAUUGGUUGUUAUCCUGCUAUGCUGUGCCCCUACACCCACCCCCUCCACAUUUGGUUUUUACUCAUGUAACACUUAAUUUGCCAAAGAUCAGGAGCCUCAUGUAUAAAUGAUUUGGGAUUAAUUACAUACUUCUUUUUCUUUUUUAUAGUUAUUCAUUUGACACGGCAGUGCUCAUUGAUCAACAGAAAAAUUUGCUCUAACUCAUUUAGUAACAGGCUAAAGAGUAGCUGUUAUUCCUAACCAGUUCUUAAAAAGACCCUGAAAUUGAAAUCGAAUUAUUUAUCAUUGGUAAAUACUUAAUCAUGUAACAGGAUGAACAAUCACAUCAGAUCACAUUUUGAAGCAUCGGCAUGUUUUAAACAAAUUAGUUCAUAUGAUGUUUUUUGAAGUUAAAACUGUUUUUACCUGCUCCAAGUGGCCUCGCUUGAAGGCUGAGUGAACAUUCUGCUAUCACAACCUCAUGAGGCUCAGUCACAUUGCAUCCUGGUUGUCUAACAGUUCAUGUGUCUGUUGUUACAACACUAGCUUUAAAAAAAUGUUGGACACACCCCCCUCUAAUUUUCUUUUUUUUUUUUUUCUUUUCCUCUAAUUUUGACAUCAAAAAGCUGGAUGUGCAGGACACUGUGAAACAAUCUGACAGCCACUUUGUUACUUCAGUGUUAUCAAACACUCAGCACACUAGUAAGAUGAGAUAAGAUAAGAUAAACUUUUUUGAUCCCACAGUGGGGAAAGUUCACAGUUACAGAAGCUCCAAGGAGAAAAAAAUAAUAGUAUAAAGGCAGUACAGAAUAAAUAGAAACACACAGCGCAAAAACGCAGAGAACAUUAUAUACACAGAAGAUUUUUUUUAUUUAUUUUAAGAAGACUAUUUACAUGAGGUUGAAACAGUUAUUGCACAUAAGUGGUCUGCAUAUGUGAGGGAGAAAGUGCAGCAGUAACAGAGGUAGACCAGUUAUACGGCGGCAUUGUAAAGUCUCACUGAUGUUGGGAUAAACGACGUACGGAAACGUUCCUUCUUACAUUUAGGGUGAACCAGUCUGUUGCUGAAGGUGCUUCUUAAGGAGUUCACAGUGUGAUGCAGAGGGUGGGAGGAGUUUCUGAUGAUGGAAGACAGUUUAUCCAGAGCCCUCCUCUCUCCCACCACCUCCAUGGAGUCCAGGGAUCAGCCACAGACUGAGCUGCUCUUUUUAUCUAUUUCAUAUUUCAUCAGUGUAACUUUAAAAGGAAGUAACAUACCUGUCAGCUUCUUUUACAGUUUUCCUGCCCUUUGCAGGCAAAAUUAAUUGGCACAACUUUAAACAGGAACAACAGUAUCAAGUACAUUCAUGUCAUGCAUAAUCUUACUUAUUUUCACCGUUUCAGUUUAUCAUCUUUUCACAGCAUUCUUCCAUUUAGAACAAACUUUUAAUUUCAUUUCACAGCUUCCGUCAUUUUUUAUACACUCAUAACAUGGCACUUUUGUUUGUUUUCAGGUCAAAAUAUUGCAGAAGUGAACUAAAUGAAUUAAAAUAAAAUUUUACAUUUCCACAUCAGACGUUUACACUGUUUACGGUUAUUGUCAAAGAAGAUACACAAUCCAGAAAUGUAAAAUAUGUAAUGUGUAUAAAGAACACACACAUACAGGAGUGUAAUUACUGUUAAGAUAUAUGUGUAGUUUUACAUAUACUGCAUAUGUGUCUGAACAAGUAAAUCUAUGCAUGUAUCUGCUAUUUUGCAUAUGAUUUCUGUGAUGAAUGUAUGCAAAUGUUUAUACAUGAGGCCCCAAAAUAGUAAUGACAAGAGUCAGGCAUCACUUGAUUAGGCCAGCUGCAGCUUUAUUUCCAGUUUAAAUGCUGAAACUGUACUCACAGUGUAGAUUAGAACAGUGUACUGCUGAAUUUAAAUGGGGUCUGCUUGAUUAGUUUGGAAUGAUGUUUCAUUACUGAGAUAAUUUAUCUUGAAGGUGAAAGUUGAAAUGUUCACUUGCAUGCUACGCAAAGAACAACUAAACUUUUUAUUGGACAGGAAAUAAGUUCAAGAAGGUAUCAGACUAAAAGUUAUACUUACACAAUGCCCUGCUUCCAAAUUAGACAACAUGUCUCCUGUGACUUUAAAGAGCAUAUAGUCAGUAACUGAUAAAGGGGGAAAUAAGCAGAACAGGAAAUUCUACAGUUUCUCCAGUCCCCUACUUUGACCAGCCAGAACACUUGUACCACUAAUACUCAGUUCAUGAGUGGCAUAGAGUUAAACAGUUCUGCCUAAUUGAGUACUUGUUUUUUAUUAAGGAAUGUGUGUUGUCUACUUUUGUGCCUCCUAAAGUUUCUGCUUGAAUAGUAAGAUAACUAUUCACACAAUCAGCCAAUCUGAGCAAAUUUUACCCCAAAGAAAAUGAAGAAAAAUAUUCCUGGUUGAAACUUCAUUGAACUGAAAUAUUUCAGUUAUCUUGUGUUCUUCUGUGAUCUUUGCUUGACUCGCUGUUUGUACAUAGCACUUGCACUGAGCUGAAUGAAGACAGAUCUAGAAACAUAGAUACCUCUUUGGCUGCUGCUGUAUGUUGCUGCUAUGCAUCUGCACAUUGACCAUCCACUAAUCAGUAUCCACCAAUGAACAAGUAUAAUGGUUAUUGAGAGAUGCAGACUCUGCAUUAUUGGCUAUUCAGGGGUUAAUAUUUGGCCAUUUAUUAAUUUAACUCAUUGUAUUUGCUUACUCUUUGCCGCCCCAAUAUGGCAACCAUGCAGAUGCACAUCACAUCACAAGCAUUGUAUCUACAUUUCUAUAUCUGUGUGAAUGAUAACCACUAAAGCCUGUUAGCUAUUCUAGUGGUCUCAGUCCUUCACAGUCUGGCUCUUAUUUUUGUCCAGUUGGCCAUCAUUUCUGUUACAUGAGAACAUUUUGGUCACAGCAACAUGUUGACCAGUAGUCUCCACUUUGAGUUGGGCCGGGGACCAUUGUUGCAUGUUUUCCGUCUCUUUCGGCCUACAUUCCCUGUCUUACAACAUUCACAAGUGGUUGUGCCGUCUUAGCCACUUCCUUGGCACCGACAUUGUCUGUUGGGAACCAUGAGAUUACUACAAGCUAUUGAGACUGGCAGAGGUGCUUUGUGCUUUUCUGUUGGAGGAGAUACACUUCCGCUGGUUUCACUUUUCAAAUAAGUGGUUAAGUUAACUGGAUUGUUGGGUUUGCUUCAAUCCUGUUUGGUUGUUUGACUCAUCUGUUUUUGAUGAAGGUCUUCUUUUUAAAAUUCUACUUGUUGCACUCACACUCCACAGACAACAACCAAAGAAUGAACAGUUGUAAAUAAAUGUAUUCAAAGUUAAUUGUAAAGUAGAAAUGGCAUAAGUACGUGGGCUUUGUUCGUUUCCUUCUAUUUUUUACAACCACUUAAAACAAUGGUUGCCAAAAUGAAUUAAUUAACACCAAAUCCUCUAGAAUUGGAUCUGGUCAUCUUGGAGGAAAGAAGAGAAAUUAUUUUGGUGAUGAAAUAACAGAUAAUUUUGGCUCCCUCAAUGCUUUUCCAGACAGUGUACUGAAUAGACAGGUCUCUGUCUGUUAUUGACAUAUUUUAAGGAAAGGAUUCAGGUUUGGUCAUGUUAAAGAAAUCUAACAGGUGCUUAGUAAAAUAGCUGGGGCAUGUCAACAACAGUCAAGUGGAAUCAAGUAUCAGAUAGAUCUAUGUAAUCUAACUUUGGACCAGUGAUGCUGAUGUACAGAUUAAUAGACCAGCUGGUGUGUUUAUACAAAGUGAGAUGGAUAGAGUCUCUGUUAUUUUAUAUUAGGUCUCAUCUGAAAUGUUUUUAUACAUCUUUCUUUUGAAGUUAUAGUCCUCAUUUUGUUUCCGGUCUUGGUUGUAUACCCAAGGCUAAAGCUCUUUGUGUGUCAUCUAAUAACUAAUAGGGUGAUGGCCAACACUAUGAGAAUCAGACCCAGAUUGUGAAAAAAAAACACCUCAACAAGCAUAGCAGAAGAGAGCGACUCUGUGGUAGCUAAAUUUAAACAAGAUCCAAUCUUCCUUUGGAGCAUACCUAUGUAAAAAGCAGAUGUCUGUUCUACAAAUGGGGAACUUACAUCACAGUGUAUUACAAUGAAAAGAAACAGAACCAUGGUAAAGAACCAGCUAAACCAGCAAUAUCAUUCUGUAAAGGUGGUAAUUCUUUUUAUUGAAUUGCAUUCAAGAAGCUCACCAUAGAAGAGAAGCAAGUAGCAUAUGACUGACACGUAAAUAAUGGCAUGGUCUCAUCUAUAUGGGUUUUCCUACAUUUAGGUCCAUAAAUAUUUGGACACUGGCACAGUUUUCAGCAUUUCGGCUCUGUACACCACCACAAUGGAUUUAAAAUGAAACAAUCGAGAUGACCUAAUGUUUUUGCUAUCUCUCUGAUGGUUUUUUUUUUUUGAUAUUUCAGCCUAAUGAUGACUUGCUUCACUGACACUCACAGCUCUUUGGACUUCAUAUUGAGAGUUGUUCUUUCAUCUGCUCUUUGUAAAUGAAAAAAUGAGGGAAUAACACACAACUGGCCAUGGAACAGCUGAGCAGUCAAUUGUGCAAUUACUUUUGGUCACUUAAAAAGGAGGAGGGCACAUAUAAAAUGUGUUAUAGUUCCUCCACCGUUCACCUGAUUUGGAUGUAAAUACCCUCAAAUUAAAGCUGAAAGUAUGCACUUAAAGCAGAACUUGAUUGUUUCAUUUCCAUUCCAUUGUGGUAUUGAAAAUUGUGUCAAUGUCCAAAUAUUUAUGGACCCUACUGUAGAUGGUAAUCCAGUGCAAAAGAGUGCCACUUCUCCUUAUACAUGUAUACUGUCUCCAGAAAAAAGAGCUUUGAAGUAAAUUAUUUAAUAUAUUUUUAGAAUUGUUUUUUUAAUUCCAGUUCUUGUGUCCUAUGGCAUGCAUUUUUCUCACACCUCAAAGUAUGAUUAUGUAUAUAUGUUAAAUAGAGAAGCAAAUCUAUACACCAACUUAGAGAACGAUACUACUGUAUAGAAAUUGUAUUGGCCUGCACAUUUUGAGGGCUGUGAAGUUAAUCUUAUUUUUAAAAACUUGCAUACAAAUGUAUAUAUUUUCUUGAUUUUUACCCUGCAACUAGGAUAUGUAGAGGACAACAAAUCCUGUAAUGAUUCACAAAUACACAGUCAUGUUAAUUGUAACCUGUGUGUACAGCAGAGUUAUAGAUAUAUCUAAGGAGAAGCCUUUUUUGUUAUUGUUAAUUAUUUCGUCACAGCAACACUGUGAAUAUGUAUAUAAAGGAUUGACUGUGUUGGUCUCUACCUCUGACCUCAAUAACUUGGCUUUGUUUACCUCCACACAUUUCUGGUUUCAUGUGGGGAUGAAUUACAAACACUUGAAUGUCUAUUCAAGAUUUUAUACUGAAAUACUACAAUGUCCCCCACCCUCCACCUGCCCCUUUUUUGGCACCGUUGAAGUGCAACGUAUUCCCCUGAAGUUCUGAAUUUAUCACGUUUGUAUUGUUGCAUUGCAAAGCCCUACCAAUAGUCCAGGGUUACCUGACUGUUAGUCAAUUUCAUACUUUGAUAGGGUAAGACCAAAUGGGGAGGAAAGCCAUUGUUUUUGCCACAGUGGCUGUGUUCAAAGCUCAAUGUCAAAUGAUUUGAUUUGAUGAUUUAAUGCAAAGACGGUUUAUGAAAGUUCAAACAGCAAACUAUUUUAGCCUGGGAUAUUUUUAGGCCACUUAUUGGCCAUAGACCAUGGUGUGUUAGUGUUUACUUGUUUUGUGUGCUUGUUUUUUGCUAGGUUUGGUAGGUAUUAUAUGGGGUUGGAGAAUAACAGCAUUUCAUUGAAUCAGAAUCCAGUAUUGGAGCCACUUAUUGAAAUAUAAUACUUUCCAAUACCUUAGUUUAGGUUUGGCUUUCAAUAUUUCCAAGAUGUUAUUAUUACCAACAAAAGAAAAAUUUAAUAUAGAUGUGCAAUCAUUAGGUCGUCAGAGAUGCUGAGUUGAAUCGCCACAAAAUGCUGCAUUACAUAACACACCUGAAAUAUGCUAAGCAUACUCUCUCCACAGACAUCUAGUGUUUGGAAGCACAUCCACCUUGUAUUACCACAGCAUUAAAAAAAAAACAUUGAUAAAGUAGAGAUGUCUCUUUUCUGUCAUUAUUUGAGCUAAUUUGGUACUCUUUUCAGCUAUUCUGCACUUUCUAUAUCAAUGUGAAUUUAGCCUCUUACUGUUUAAAAAGACAAGCUGAUGCUACAUCUCUGGUCUUUACUUCAUUCCUAUUAUUUCUUAUUUUUAAUAUAGGCCUUUAAAAAAAUAAAAAGCUCAUGAAUGUUCAUCUCAAUUAAUAACCUGUUAAAUAUGCAAAUAGCAGACAAACAGAAAUGAGCACAGGGUAUGACUGAAUAUUUGAUUGAGGAUCAUAUUGUGUACAUAUAAAACCCUUAGUAAUGGUACGCAAUGGUUUAGGAAAUUUAAAAAUGAAACCAGUCUGCACUAUGUGGUAACUACCAGCAUAUAACAUCUCAUUUUGUAGGCAACCUCCUAGGUCAAAUCUGAGAAUUCCAGACUCAAGGAAUCUUUUUUUUUUUUUUUUGCUAAAAAUGUUUAUGCCUGAAAUGUUUAGUACUACAAAAGAGCAAUGAAUUUUAUGAUAUAUCUAAAGUGAAUAGGAGAUUUUUUUAGAAGCUCCUGGUGUUUAAUAACUGAUUAUGGGAUCUGAUGUGGAUCAGCUGUUUAAGUUCAGCCCUAACAUAAUACACACUUAUUUUAUUUAUUUAUGUAGUUCUGAUUAACUGCAGAAUGGUUGUUUUCAGAUAACGAAAAUAAAAGCAUGCAUUCCAUCUGUUGCACAUAAAGCCAACCACUGAAGACAGCAACUGAAACACUUGUGCAAAAACAUUGUAACAACAGACAUUUCUGGGGGACACUAGCAACCAGUUCAUUACACUAGUAGCCACAGCAUUAAGACCACUGUAACACUGUGUAGAUCCUCCUCAUCAUCAAAACAGCUCUGAGCCAUUGAAGCCUUGUCGCUACAGACUUUCGACGAUGCAGUCUACUCUAAGGGAAGAAGGUGUUAGUGGCAGAUCCUUCAACUCCUGGAAGUUACAAGGUGGGGCUCCAUGGAUCAGACUUGAUUUUUCAGCACAUCCCACACAUAUUAGGUCAGAUAGAGAUGUAGGAAUUUGGAGGCCAAAUCAACACCUUGAACUGUUCUUGAACUUCCUGAACAAUUUUUGCCAUGUGACAGAGUAUCAUCCUGCUGAAAGAGGUCAUCAAAAAAUACUGCUUCCAUGAAGGCACGCGCAUGGUCUGCGACAGUGGUUAAAUGGGUGAUACAUGUCAAAGUAACACCAACAUUAAUGCAGGACCCAAGGUUUACAUGCAGAACAUUACUGUCUGUCACCCUGUCUCCUUCAUCUCUUUUGGCAUUGUGCGUCCUGGUACCAUCUCUUCCCUUCAUAAACCACAGUGCUGCACAUGAUGAAAACCUGUCUUCUUUAAUUUCUCCAUGGUCCAGUUCUGAUGCUCACAUGCCCAUUGAAAGUGCUUUUGGCAGUGGACAAGGAUCAUCAUGGGCACUCUGCACAAGCAAGCUGUGAUGCACUGUGUUCUAAUAUCUUGCAACUCCUCUGUAGGAACAGACAUGCCAAUCUAGCCUUUACUCCCAACACACAUCAGUGAGCCAUGACCAGCGGCCAGUUCAGUUGUUGUUCCUUCUUGAACCACUUUUAGUUGGUACUAACUCGUGCGUAUCCAAUACAUCCCACAACACCUGCCAUUUCAAGAUUCUCUGACCCCCGUUGUCGAACCUUCAAAAACUGGGCCUCGCCAAAGUCACACUGCUUCCUAUUUGGAGACCUAACUGACCUUGACAAGUGCCACUGGAACAAAGAAAUCAGUAUUAUUCACUCCAUCUGUCUGCGUUUUUAAUGUUAUGGCUGAUCAGUGUAUGCACUUUGUAACAUUUUCAUUAUGUGAUUCUUAUAUUAUUGGACAUAUUAGCUGUGCACCUCUUAAUAUUGUAUUCACCUUAUGGCUUGAAAACAGCUUUUGCUCCUCUCACCUGGGGCUAAUUACUUAAUUACUGAAAUUCAGAGUAGUUUGACCUAAAGGUGGAAGACAUUAAUCAGCAGUGUUUCUUAAUGUGACUGGACAACAACUACUGAUCAGACUUAAACCAAAUCAAGAAAAAAAACUCGUUUGCUAUGUGAAAAUGAAUUGUGAUUCAACCACUAUGUUUGUUACAAAGUUUCAGAGAACAAUUAGUCUGUGUGGUGAUGCAACUUCUGUUGAAAAUGUUCAUAUUGCAACCUGCAGGUUUUUGAAAAAAAAAAAAAUAUUCACAAAUAAUUUCCAGUAAAUUAGAAACUAGCAUGUCUUGCAGUACAGCCUUUUACUAAUUACUGAUUUUUUUCAUUAUUGCCACAUUAGUGCCCCCUGAAAAUGUCAUUCUUAUUGUAACUUGGUUGUAGUACAUUGUUGUGUACAUUUUUUGUGUUUUUCUGUAUGUGCAGUGUGUGCAACCUAUGCCUUGCCACACUGUUUUAUGGUGUUUUGCUCUUUCUAAAUUUGACAAAGAUUCAGUAAAUUGAGUCUUCAUAAUAUUGUCCAAAGUAUAAAAUUACCAGAUGUAGCUCCGGUUCAGUGAGCACAGAAGUAUUUUCCAAAAGGAUUUGUUAUUGGUUUACCCUGAUGAGGUAUAGUUUUGAAGAUGGUAAUGUGUUAUUUAUUGUGGAUUAUCCCUCACCUGUUCAAAGAAGGACUAUUCUUUACUAUGGAGCUAAUAGAUAUGAAACCUACUGUGGGUAUUUUGUUGGAAACUGAAUGGGAAUUCUCUCAGGAAUGAACACAGCUAGCAGUGGUCGCCCUCCCUCCCCAUCCUGUAUAAACUCUUUGUGUAGAGUUUAGUAGUUUCCUAUUCGUUUUAUUUUGCAUUGGAAUGAAGUACCUGAAUUAAAUGAUACUCAUUUUGGGAAAUUGUAGAGUAAUAACUUACAAACAUUAUGUGACAGACUAAUCACAUUUUAGCAACUACUGGACUAUUUGAAAUGACAUCAUUUGCUGUCCCAAACAAUGUUUGUAUAUUUGAUGUUUUAAUCAGAUGCAUUGUAAUUUGAAUAAAACUAGCAGUAUAUACAGUACAUAGAUGUAUCUUUAAACUCUGCAUUUACACACUGUAAAUCAGAGUUAAUGACAAGGUAUCCAGUUAACAAUUGUGAGAUUUACCUUAAAAGUUCCAUCUGGAAAAUAAUGGUGAAAACAUUAAAUGUCACAUUUAAAGAAUACCAAG